GGCACCUUUGAUUUUUUUUCCUCCAUUUCUGCCUCUGUUUUCUGCUCUCCCUGUCAGAGCUCGAGUUUCGAGGUGGAAGGCAGGAAGAGUAUGGCUAAGGGGUUCAGAUCAGAGAAUAAUGGAGGGAAAACGACAGUGUUUUGGUACUAAAGUUGACGCCGUCGUCAGUUCUUUUAACUGAGCCACCGUCCUUCUUUUCCAGAUAGAUUAUAGUUGUGAAUGCAUGAGCUCAGGCUUAAUAUUUGUUGGGCAACCACAACAAACUUGCUUGCAUUUUUAGGAAAGCAACAGGGGGGUAACUGUAAAAGAGGACUGUGAUAAUUGGGGCAAUUGGUGGGGAAGAGUUAAAGUUGGAGAAGGUGCAAAUGGCAGCUGCUCGCGAGGAGAAGAUUCUUGUUUUGGUGAGGUUGAGGCCUUUGAGUGACAAGGAAGUUGUAGCAAAUGAAGUUGCCGACUGGGAGUGCAUCAACGAAAAUACUAUCCUAUACCGGAACACCCUCAGGGAAGGAUCCACGUUCCCAUCUGCCUAUACAUUCGAUAGAGUAUUUCGAGGUGACUGCUCGACAGAGCAAGUGUAUCAGGAAGGAGCUAAGGAGAUUGCUCUUUCUGUUGUUAACGGUAUUAAUUCUAGCAUUUUUGCAUAUGGACAAACUAGCAGCGGGAAGACAUACACGAUGGAUGGAAUAACUGAGUAUACUGUUGCAGAUAUAUUUGACUACAUAAACAGACAUGAAGAGAGAGCAUUUGUUUUGAAGUUCUCAGCAAUUGAGAUAUAUAAUGAAGUUAUUAGAGAUCUUCUAAGCUCAGAUAACACCCAACUUAGGCUGCGUGAUGAUCCUGAGAGAGGAACUAUUGUGGAAAAAGUCACAGAGGAAUCUCUGAAGGACUUGAACCAUUUGAAAGAACUCCUUGCAAUUUGUGAAGCACAAAGAAGAAUAGGAGAGACUUCCUUGAAUGAGAGAAGUUCCCGAUCUCAUCAAAUUAUAAGAUUGACAAUUGAAAGCUCUGCUCGGGAGUUCCUAGGAAAAGAAAAUUCUACAACCCUUGCAGCAAGUGUGAAUUUUAUUGAUUUGGCUGGAAGUGAGCGAGCAUCUCAGGCCUUAUCCACUGGGACAAGACUGAAAGAGGGUUGCCAUAUAAAUCGUAGUUUACUGACUCUGUCAACUAUUGUUCGCAAGCUAAGUAAAGGAAGACAAGGACAUAUCAAUUACAGGGAUUCGAAGCUGACACGCGUACUGCAGCCUUGUUUGGGUGGUAAUGCCAGGACUGCAAUCAUAUGUACUUUGAGCCCUUCACGAAGCCACGUUGAACAAACGAGGAACACUCUUCUGUUUGCUUGUUGUGCAAAAGAAGUUACUACAAAAGCUCAGGUCAAUGUUGUCAUGUCUGAUAAGGCCUUAGUUAAGCAUUUACAAAGAGAGUUGGCCAGGUUAGAAAGUGAACUCAGGAGUCCCGUGCCUCCUCCUUCCACUAACAGCGACUAUGCAGCUUUACUGAGAAAGAAAGAUCUUCAGAUCGAGAAGCUGGAGAAGGAGAAUAGAGAGUUGACUAAGCAACGUGAUCUUGCUCAAUCUCGGGUCAAGGAUCUGCUAAGCAUGAUUAGAAGCGAUCAAGAUUCAGGACAAUUGGCAAGAAUCAAUUACCAUUCCAAUCAACGAGCAGGCGAUACAUGGGAGGAUGACUAUUCAGAAUCAGAGUCAUCAUGUUUGGCUGCUUCUAAUCAAUUUGAUGCACGUGUUAGAAAAUUUGAUCCAAUUCAUUGCUACGACAGAGAGAGGGGGAGUCAUCGCUAUCCUUUGAACAAUCAUGAAGAUCAUUCUAUACAUAAUGGUGUAAGUGGAGGACGAUUGACACUGAGAUUAAAUGGAGAUGAUGUGGCUGGCCAGGAAACAAUGUCUAGCCCAUUGAAUGGACAUAGAGAAGCAAAUCACAUUCAAGAAGGCCCGGAGUUGAGUGGAAGCUGGAGUUGUAGAGCAGAUGUUAUGGGUACUAUAUCUUCUCCAUAUAUGGAACAUAUUGCAAGCACCCCUCCUAAUGGGUUCGAGAAAAGCUUUCCUGGAAGACCAGACAGUUACCAAAUGAAAUUUCCUUCAUUAAGUUAUGGUCCCGAUAGUGGGAUGCUUUCCAGGAAUGAUUCUCUGUCUUCUCUUGGGAGUGCUUCAAUCCAGACUUCUGAAGAUGAGCAAAUUACUAGCAUUCAUACUUUUGUUGCAGGACUGAAGAAACAACUUGCCAAUGGUCAGGUUCAGGGCACCGGCCUAGAAGCAGGUGAGUCUGGAAGAAGCAUCAGAGAUGAUGGGUUGGAUCCGAUGUGUGAAGCACCAGGAACUCCUGUGGAUUGGCCACUGGAAUUUGAGAGGUUGCGGAGAGAAAUACUCAAAGUUUGGCAAGCUUGCCAUGUUUCCUUGGUUCACAGAACAUAUUUCUUCCUCCUUUUUAAAGGCGAUCGAACUGAUUCAAUUUACAUGGAGGUAGAACUUAGGAGACUUACCUUCCUCAAGGAAACAUUUUCGAAAGGAAACCAAGCUGUAGAAGAUGGUCGCACCGUCACAUUGGCUUCAAGCGAAAGAGCUCUUAGCCGCGAGAGGCAAACCUUGAGCAAGCUGAUGCGGAAAAGGUUCUCGGAAGAAGAAAGACAAAAACUAUACCAGAAAUGGGGCAUCGACUUGAACUCGAAGCAGAGAAGGCUGCAGCUGGUGAACCAGUUGUGGAGCAAUGACAAGGAUAUCAAUCACAUCACCGAGAGCGCCACCAUUGUCGCGAAGCUGAUCAGGUUCGUAGAGCAGGGGCGUGCCCUCAACGAAAUGCUCGGCCUUAGGUUUAUUCCGCCGCGGCCUCUGCGGAGAUCCUUUAGUUGGAAGAACAGCAUGACAUCCCUCAUAUGAGCCUGCGUUUUAUGCCUUUGUUGAGAGUUAUAGGCCAUGAUGUAGCAUUCUUUUAAUGAUUGAAAUUGUUAACUGAUUGUAAAGACCAUCCAGAUAGAAUGGUGUAUGAAUGUAUGUAAAUCUUAACCCGAAAACUGGCUUGACGAAAUUGCCCAUGGCGAAGUUGGGUUUUGAAUGUAUUUCCCUUAGGUGACACGGAUUUGGAAAUACUGUUUUCAGAAUGUUAUUUUAUUUUUUUUGGUAUAAUCACCGGUAUUUAAAC